AUGCUAUUGCUACAAAUCGCCAUCAAACCCCUCCGGCCUAGGCUGGCGUCCCCAUCUAAGCUGCCGCCCAACGCGGAGCGUCUGACGCCACCCAAGAACCCACGGAAAUGCCAUAUAGAAGAGAGAGAAUUGGAGGGACUAUGGCUGUAUGACAUCACUCAAAAAUUGAAUAGCAGGAGUGACAAAGAACAGAGUCCGCGGCGUCAGCGACGAAUUUUGUACUUUGCCGGGGGAGGGUGGCAGAUGCCACCGAGCAAGAAUCAUUGGACUUUCUGCAUGGAACUUGUCCGACGGCUCGACAACACAACAGUUACGAUCAUCUCUGCACCUCUCGCAUCGAAACACCCUGUCUCAGUUGCAUUCCCUUGCAUUCAAAGAGCGUACAGUUCCCUUCUAAGCGAAUCACAUGACGCCGGCGAAAGUGUGAUUGUUGCCGGUGAUAGUUCAGGUGGUAACAUUGCACUAAGUCUCGUGGCUUGGACUUUGAAGCACCCAAAUGAGGAGGUUUCGAACCCACCUAUUGCUGUCAUGGCCAUCAGCCCUACGGUAGACCUUUGUCAUGAACUCCCAGAGAUCAGAGUGGUGGAGAAAUCCGAUUCACUCCACACUUUCGAAUCCAUCAAAGCCACUGCUGAGGCAUGGUGCCCCAAAGAGUCGAGCAAAACUUUGCAACGAAAUCAAGGGGGCAAUCAUGUCUGCUACGACUGGUCAUUGAAUGAUCCAAGAGUAUCUCCCAUACACGCCGAUCUUGGGGUCUUUCUACAACACAACGUCCGCAUAUAUGGAGUAUCUGGGUCAUAUGACGUGCUAGCACCCGAGGCUAUUGCUUUCCGGAAUAAGUGCAAGGAGCAUGGGGUCUCUGGAGAAUGGCUAUCAUGGGAAAGACAGAUGCAUUGUUUUCCUCUCAUGUUUAAAUAUGGGCUCAAAGAGGGUAAGGAAGGCAUGGACUGGAUGAUUCAUGUUCUCGACAAGCACUGA